UAAUUACAUCCCAAAAAUUUAAUUAUGGAAACCUCUACCAGAAUUUUAAACCAAUUUCCUUCAAUCACUAGCACAAAUACUUUUAACCAUAGUUCUAAAUUAUCAUGUCCAUGUUCAAGAUCAGUUAUGUCUAUGGGGUUAAAUUUGAAAUCCAAGAAGUUAAUGGGGUUAAAUAUGGAAUCAAAGAAGUUAAUGGGUUCUUGUGGUUUUUAUGAUGAAGGUUAUUUGGAGUAUUAUUAUUAUUCAUCAUCAUCUGGUAGAGUUAGGUGUGGCAAGAAAGAAAAGGAUGACGUGGCAUUGAAGAAAACCAAGAAGAAGAUGAAAUUACUUAAGGGUUUAACGAGGAAUUUGUCGAAUUUGAGUGAGAUGGGAUUUGGUUUUGGUUCUGAUAAUAUUGCUUUGGUUGAUCAAGUUCAAGGGAAGACAAUUUCGGAAGCGGCAGAUCUAUUACUAGGACAACUUCAACAGCUAAAGGCAGAGGAGAAAGAGUUGAAGAGGAAAAGAAAAGAAGAAAAAGCACUCAUGAAGAUGAAAGUAGCAAAUCAACUACAAGCCACAAGGAACUCUGAAAUGUCAUCAUCUUCAAGUUCUUCUUCCGAAUCAAGUGACGACGAAUGUCAAAAUUUGGUCGACAUGAAAAGCCUGAAAAUCGAAUCUCUUUCCCAAACAAUUCCAGAGGCAUGUGAUCGAGCACUUGAGAAUGCAACAUUAAGUCCUGGCAUUUCAACUAUAGUCGAACCUCAGACUCUAAAUCCAGAAAUGGAUACGGAGGAGUCAACCGGGCGGACGACUAGUUUAGAAGUUCCAGUCCCUGAGCGAAAAGGUGAAUGUUGCUUUGGAGCUAGUGAUUGUCACAUUGGCAAUGUAGGCAGCAGUUCUAAUGCAUCUGUAUUAGCUACAACAACAGCAGUGGGAACGAAGAAAAUAGAAGUAUGUAUGGGUGGUAAAUGCAAGAGAUCAGGCGCUGGAGCGAUACUAGAGAAAUUUCAGGAGGUAGUCGGGAUUGAAGCUGCAGUCUCGGGUUGCAAAUGCAUGGGAAAGUGUAAAGUUGGUCCUAAUGUCAAGGUUUCAGGGUGUAGUAGCAGUGACGCGUUCCAAGCCGCUGACUCAGUCGCGGUUAGCUCUGCUCCUGCCACUAGUAAUUCUCUUUGUAUUGGGGUUGGGUUAGAGGAUGUGAGUCUGAUUGCAGCCAAUUUACUUGGUAGAUAUCAAGAAGUAGGGCUGGCCAAUGCUGUUCCUUAUUAGAUGAUCUUUCCUUUCAUUUGUUUUGGUACCACUACAAAUAGGUAUAGGAUGAGAAGGUUGACUUUUGGGAUUUGGAAAUGGGUUUGAAUUGCUUGUUGUUAAUGUAAAUAUCAUCAAUAUAGACUACGUUGCUAUUAUUCUUUGUCAAUAUUGUCAUUAUAUAGUAGAGAUUGUUUUGA